UUCUCCAUUUUCACUUCAAUGUUGUUGAGAGUAUUCUGAAGUAGAGGAUAAAGCUCAAUUUUGCUCUGCUUAUUGUUUUUUAGUUGUACUUCAUCUAUUUGGUGAUUCAGAGUUCUGCUCCCCUUCGAAUCCCUUGUUAUUUUUGUUUUAUAUUUUUUUAGUUGAUUUAAUUUUUCCGUGUGCAAGUUAGGGUUAGGGUUUAAGCUGUGAAGAUUGUGUAAGAGCUAAUGGCGGUAGGGGCCCUAAACCGAAUUUGAACGGAUUCAGAAAUUGACGUUUUAACACACCAGUUAGUAGGAUGAGAUGGAGUGUAGAAAGCACCAGCGAAACAUGGAAAUAAGGUUUUCUCAGUUCAAUGCUUCUUAUAGUCUAUGUAAUAGACUGUCGUAUGAUUCCUUCUUCCCUGUAAAUCAGGUUCUGAAACUCAAUCUCAAUUGGGGUUUAAUUCUCGUACACGCAUAUUUCUUGACUAAGAGAGGAGCUUAGAGCAACUGAAAUUUUAUUGGGAGAUAAUCUUCCCCAUUACGGAGCAUUUCCAUUAGCCGUACCUUUUGUAUGCUCCGUUUGCUUUUUUUCCAUUUUGUAUAUUUCGUUUUAUUGCAUUAGAAUUUAUUACUCUUUAAUCAAGAAACUAUCAUCACCCAAGACAUAUAUGAUAAAAUUCCAACGAGGAAGGCAAUUCAGCAUUUACUGUAUAAGAACUAAAGUGUAUUCAAAUGCCCCUUAUCAAUUCAUGAUACAGGACAUGAUUACCCAUCAAUAACUGCCAAAAAUUUACCUAUGCUGAACUGUUGACAUGUUUGCUAGGAGCUUGAACACCUUGUUAGUCCUCUCUCUGACUAAUGACAAUCUAACAACUAACUAUUCCCCAACCAUAAAGGGAAACACAGAGACAUGUUUUCCAUCCAAAAUUUCCUAACAGUAGAUUGUUGGAGUCAUCUAUCAAGUUAAUUUAUUGGUCUUGAAUUCUUUUGAUGCAAUUAUCAAAAUAGCAUCAGUCACAUUCAUUGACAUAUUGUGCAAAAGAAUGGGGAUGGCAUGGGCAGACCAUCAUUGGAUCUACACAACUGCCUUGAGACAUUGUCCUCCCAUUGUCCUCUUUUGCAUGAAAUUCUGGUGAGCAGUGUGACAACAGCUACCUGAGUAUGGAGAUGACUGUGUCUGGAUUAACUGGUAGUCCCUCGAGAUAUUGUCUCCAUGUACCUGCACAAGGGUUAGGGUCACUGAGUAGGCAAGUUUCAGAUUCUCGUAAUAUUGUAAAAUUUGGAGAAAAUAUGGCAUUGCAUUGUCUGAAAAGAAGUUACUGGGAUAUUUCUACACAUGGAUAUAGCAUAAAAAAGGCUCACUUGAUCAAGUGUUCAAUGGGUGCUUCCUACGGUGAUAUGGCUGAUGACCCAACUGCUAUCUUUCCUAGAAUCAAUAUAAGAGACCCAUACAAACGACUUGGUAUCAGCAGGGAGGCUUCUGAAGAAGAGAUCCAAGCUGCAAGGAACUUCCUGGUACAGAAAUAUGCUGGGCACCAGCCAAGUCUGGAUGCAAUUGAAUCUGCCCAUGACAAGAUAAUCAUGCAGAAAUUUUAUGAAAGGAAGAACCCAAAAAUUGACUUAAAGAAAAAGGUUAGGGAAGUAACUCAGUCCCGUGUCAUGCAGGCUAUCACAAGCAGGUUCCGAACUCCAUCAAAAAAUUUCAUUAUAAAAACAUCCAUUGCAUUUGUAGUACUUGGGGUUCUUACUGUUCUCUUUCCUACGGAAGAAGGGCCGACCCUUCAGGUAGCCAUUUCCCUGAUCGCCACCAUGUAUUUGAUAUAUGAUCGGCUGAAGAGCAAAAUGAGAGCUUUCUUUUAUGGGGCUGGAGCUUUUAUCAUCUCAUGGCUAUUGGGAACAUUCUUGAUGGUGUCUGUGGUUCCACCUAUACUCAAAGGUCCAAGGAGUUUGGAAGUUUCAACUUCACUGAUAACCUAUGUGCUUCUCUGGGUCACUUCUACAUACCUAAAAUAGUGCCAGUUUCCUCUUUGAGACCCCAGUUUUGGAGUGAUUAACAGGUAUUCUUGGUCUGUGAGACAGUAACCAGAAGAGCAAAAAAUAACUUAGGUUUCUUCCAUAAGAUUCUAGUGGCCUAUAUUCUGUUUCUGGACAGCUGAUCUUUCGAAAUGAUUCAUUUAUACAUGUUGUUCCUUAAUUGCUGU